CACUUAACCCCAAAAAGAGGUAUAAACUUUUUUAUUCUACCGUUAGUGAUACAAUACAUUUGCCAGACUAUAUGUACUUUUUAUUUCCCAAGCCGGCCUUUUAUUUGCAUUCUUAAACAAAUACAAUUAAGUAUGUAAACAAGUCUGGAAUUUAGAAUCAAUACGGCGACCCGAUGAAGGUUAAUGUCAAUCUACUUAAUUAAGUAGAUAAUUCAUUAUGCAAAACAACAGUGUACUAUCGGUUAGACAAUAUUUUUAACAUUCCAUUACUUAAUUAAGGUAACUUAGGUAACUUUGAAAACGGGAAAAUAACACAUAUCUACAGAACUAGACGCAAGUUCUGCUAUAGCAGUAAAGCGCCAAUUACAUCCACCCUUCAAGAUAUCAGGCUCAAAAUCAGUCCCGUCGGGCCUGAUAAUCGUUGCCAUGUGGGGCCUGAGGGCCUACCGCGAACACAUACUUCCACACUCAAAUUUAUUUACGUAGGUAUAAUAGAAAAUUAUCUAUUUUUAUAAAACUGCUACUCAAUUUCUCCAAAAUAUCAAAAAUGCACAACGUUAAUAAUCAAGUUUUCACUUCUGUCGGCACUCGGAGUACAACCCGAUGUUUUUUUAAUGGCGGAGCUAUAGGGGUUCCACCAAUAUUAAGAUUACAUAAGUUCUAUUAUCUGAUGACUUUAUAUUAGAUCUUGCCAAUAAUUCAGUACCUACAGUGUAUGUACUCGCAAUAAUUAAAAACGCUCUAAAUAAUUUACUUUAAGACUUUUCGGCAUAACUGUAUUAAAUAACAAAAGGGAAGUUACUAUUCACCCAUUGAUGUGCACACAAGUGACACGUAAACAUGUUAUUUUACUUACUUUUCCUCUUUCUUCUCAAGUUUGUUUUCUAUUUCACCAUAUGUUUUAUCGUUUUCGUCCUCGGUCUGAAACUAUGGCUAGACCCUAUCAAAGGAGUUUGCAAAUGUAAGACGAAGCUUCACGGGAAAACCGCCCUUGUGACUGGAGGAAAUGCUGGAAUUGGACUUGAGACGGCCCGAGAUCUAGCCAGGAGAGGAGCAAGGGUCAUUAUCGCAAGCAGAGACAACAAGAAAUCAGCAGCUGCCGUUGAAGAUAUUAUAGCCACGACGAAGAACACCAACGUCGAAUAUAGACACUUAGAUCUUUCAAAAUUUAAAAGCAUUAGAAGAUUUUGCGAAGAAUUCAACGAUAAUGAAGAAAGAUUAAACAUUUUGGUCAACAACGCUGGAUGUGGUGGGCUCAAAAAGAAAACUACAGAAGAUGGGAUCGAGUUAGUGACUCAAAUUAACUAUCUAGGCCCAUUUCUACUAACUAACUUACUGCUCAAAAAGCUGACGGAUUCAAAACCAAGUCGUAUAGUGAUUGUGUCUUCUUACGCCUGGGUUACGUCUAAAUUCGAUCCUGAAGUCGUAGCUGGCUUGAACACUAAAGGAAAAUGGACUAGGUAUUGUAAUACCAAACUUUGCAAUGUGCUUUGGGCAAAGGCAUUAGCCAAGAAGCUUCCUCAAGGAAUAACAGCAAAUUCUUUAUAUCCUGGGGUAGUGAAAACUGAUAUCUUUGACCGUUUGCCUGCGAUACCAAGAAAAAUAAUAUUAGCAGUGAUCAAGGUUCUUUUUAAGACGCCUAAAGAAGGUGCUCAGACAUCGAUUCAUUUGAGUGUUGCUCCUGAAUUAGUGGAUACAAGUGGAAAAUAUUACGCUGAUUGUAGGCCUAGUGCAGUUCCGAAAGAAGCUAAGGAUGAUGAACUUAUUGAAAAGGUUUGGAGAGAGAGUGUUCGGCUUACAAGAAGCUAGGAACAUCAUAAUUUUAUUCACGUGUGUUUAUGUUUAUUUAAGUAUAAGUACUGUGGAUCUACUCCUUCUUCUUCCUCGCGUUGUCCCGGCAUUUGCCACGGCUCAUGGGAGCCUGGGGUCCGCUUGACAACUAAUCCCAAGAUUUGGCGUAGGCACUAGUUUUUACGAAAGCGACUGCCAUCAGACCUUCCAACCCAGAGGAUAAACUAGGCCUUGUUGGGAUUAGUCCGGUUUCCUCACGAUGUUUUCCUUCACCGAAAAGCGACUGGUAAAUAUCAAAUGAUAUUUCGUACAUA